AUGGGCCAAUUUGCCAAAACUACCUCUUCCAAAGUUUUUACAAUAAUAAUUCAAAGUGAAUCUAAAUGUAAUAAUUCAGAAACUGAAAAUAAGAGUGAUGCUAAAUUAAAAUUGGAAGUUAAUUUUAAAUUUAUUAUUAAACAAGCAGAUGACAUUAAGGAAGUUUUUAUGCCUUUUUUCACUGAAAGUUUUGAAAGCCUUAAUGUUGAAAAUUCUGAAGUUGCUAAAAGUGCCGAAAUUGUUAUUGGCGAGUUAGAAGAUAUUAUUAUGUCUUCUAAUAAUUCUUUUAUCGAGGAUAAUUUUGAUGAUUGGGAAUUUGUUGAUAAGUUUAUAAAUGCAUAUUGCUUAGAAAGAGGCUUCAGGUAUCAGAUUUAUCGUAAUGACAAGGACCCAAAUGAUCAUACUAUUACACGUCACAAAUCAUUUCGUUGCUCUUUAGAUGAGCAGCAAAUAAGAUGUACAACAUUGGUAAAUUUACAUAAUCAUGAAUUAAAUCCCACUCAAAUAGCUCACCUUAAUAAUGCAAGAUAUCAACAAUUUAACGAAAAUAUGAUACAAGAUUUGAGUUUUUUUACAGGCUGUAAUGUAGCACCUAUCACACAAUUAGAAAUAUUAAAAAAAAAGUAUCCUCAACAUAUUUUUUACAAACAAGACGUAUAUAAUGCAAUCUAUAGUUUAAAUAAGAAUACUAAGGAUGAAGAUUUUGAUUCUGGAUUAUUAUUUAAUAGUCUUUUUGAAAAAAUGACUGAAGAUCCAAAUUGGAGAGUAUUUGUUCGCCAUUCUGGCAAUGAAUGA